CGCCAGCGGACACCGGAGCGGGCAGGAGCAGCGGCCGCGGCGCCGCAGGGAGCAGCGGGCCCAGGGCGUGGGGCUGUCUCCUCCAGCCUGGGUGGCCUUUGACGUCUGACCCUCCUCUCCGCACAGGCUCGGUCUGGGGUUCUUGCAGCCGGCACCAGACCCUCCCAGCCCCGGCCCCCCACCCGCCGCGGGGAAGAUGCCCGAACAGAGUAAUGACUACCGCGUGGUGGUGUUCGGGGCGGGCGGCGUGGGCAAGAGCUCGCUGGUGCUGCGCUUCGUGAAGGGCACGUUCCGUGACACGUACAUCCCCACCAUCGAGGACACCUACCGGCAGGUGAUCAGCUGCGACAAGAGCGUGUGCACGCUGCAGAUCACAGACACCACCGGCAGCCACCAGUUCCCGGCCAUGCAGCGCUUGUCCAUCUCCAAGGGCCAUGCCUUCAUCCUGGUGUUCUCCGUCACCAGCAAGCAGUCACUGGAGGAGCUGGGGCCCAUCUACAAGCUCAUCGUGCAGAUCAAGGGCAGCGUGGAGGACAUCCCCGUGAUGCUCGUGGGCAACAAGUGCGACGAGACGCAGCGGGAGGUGGACACACGCGAGGCGCAGGCGGUGGCCCAGGAGUGGAAGUGCGCCUUCAUGGAGACCUCGGCCAAGAUGAACUACAACGUCAAGGAGCUCUUCCAGGAGCUGCUGACACUGGAGACCCGCCGGAACAUGAGCCUCAACAUCGACGGCAAGCGCUCCGGGAAGCAGAAGAGGACAGACCGCGUCAAGGGCAAAUGCACCCUCAUGUGAGCCCGGAACGCCCGCCUGCCCGCCGCCCACCCCCACUGGCUCCGGCCCCCGCUGCCUCCCCCAACACUGACACCCUCCUUGGCCUCCUCCUCUUCUCUCAUCCUUCCUCUGACACCUCGGCUGGGGAAACCGAGGCCACCCCCUCUCCGCUGCCCCUGCCCAUCCCGAGGCAGGGCUGGGGCUCUUCUUCUUCCCCCGCUCUCUUUCCACCCUCCUGUUCUGUCUGUACCCGCCCCCCAAAACCAAGAGCUGGUGGUGGCCCCUUGUCCUGCAGAUGGGAAAACAGGACGGGGAGCUGUCAAGAGGAGCUGCUUGUUCCCACCGGGAUCAGAGGAGGCUGCGUUUCCCCAUCUCCAUCUCUUUCCCUGGGGUGUCCCCAGCCAGACCUGCGGGUCCUGUCCCUCACAUUUGAUCACUGUGACCUUCCGGGGGAGGGGGAGUUGAAAAUGCACAUCUGCAGAUAUUUUUUUCUUUUUUCUCCUGUUUGGUGUUAACAUACACCCAAACCCACCCGGCCCCUCACGACCUCUGAUCUGUGCCCCUCCUCUGGUCCCAGAACACCCCUCUCUCCUCUGUCUUCACACCAGGGUGUGGGGCCCGCGGGAUGGGCCUCAGGCCACCAGGCAAUAACCACAGGGCCUGCAGCAGUGCCCCUGCCAGCCCCGAGUCCCACCCCCGGGACCGGCCACAUCCACAGCACAACUGCCCGGUUGGAGAGGCACCAUGAACGUGGAGGGGCUUCCCAGACACCAUCCACCCGGGGACCCGUCUCUUCCACCAAGACAGAGACGUUAGCAACGCAUGGUGGGUGGGGACCUGGGGUGCUCAGGAGGGGGUGCCCGGGGCCCUGGCCAGAGAGACAUCAAUUACACCCCCGUAGAGGGACAUCUGAUAGGACCCAGCACCAGCAGGAUCCGAGGGGCCUCCAGGCAGAGGUCUGCCCCGCCCACUUCCUCCCCACCACCUGUGCCCCAGAGAGCAGGACCCACCCAGGAAGGUGGCGUCCUGGAGUCAGGUGUAUCUGCAGCCAUGAGGUUCUGGGUGUUUUUGUGAGAGAGUCUGAGUGAUGCCACACUCAUGUGACCCCACAGGGUUGUGUCCAACAUACACAGAAGUGACUAUGGAACAGUGUAUUUGGUGUAUUUGUGCAACCUGGGGUGCGUGGAUGGGCGACUUGUAUCUACGUGCAUCUGCGUGUAUACCUGUGUGUGUCUGUCAGGGAUGGUAUGUUUUCGUGGCAGUCUGUGUGUGUAAUAGUGGUGCAGGGUCUAUAGAGAGGCGGGUAGUUGUAGAUACCUGUGUGUGGUUGUCAACAAGACUGGGUAUUUGUGAUGUGUCUGUGUGAAUCUUUGUGCCUGUAUGAGCAUGACUCUAUUUUGGGGAGUGGGUGAUAUGAUUUAUCUGAGAGCAUUUAUCUGUAAAUAUGUUUGUCUUGAUUGAGGGACACGAUCUCUGUCCCACUCGGUAGCAACAUGACUCUCUAGCCAUGUGACUUUGGUCCCAAAUCUGUAUCAGUUGGAUAUUGCUGUGUAACCAAUGACCACAAACGGAGCAACCAGAAACAACACACGUUUAUUAUCUCACAGAUUCUACAGGUCAGAGCCUGUGUGCAGGUUCCCUGGGUCCUCUACUGAGGAUCUCAGGAGGCUGCAAUCAAAGCAUUGGCCAGGCAGAGGUCUCAUCUGAAGGCCUGAUCAGGGAAGGAUUUGCUUCUUCUAAGCUCAUGUGGUUGUUGCAGCAUUCAGUCCCUUGCUGUUGAAAGACUGAGGGCCUCAGUUCCUCGCUGGCUGUUGGCUGGAAGCUGCUCUUUGUUCUGUGCCAUGUGGGUCUCUCCAUAGUGGGGCUUGGAGCACGGCAGCUAAGUCAGUGAGGGAAGGUGAAAUGGAGGUGUUGGUCCUAUUGGGUGUGAGGAAGCAACAUGUGUGUGUGUGUGUGUGCACGCUUUUGUACACUGAGAGAGAGAGAUUGCACGCAUGUGUCUCUGUAGUCAUGUGGCCAGGUGGGACUAUGUAGAUAACAGAUUGCUCAUGUCUGAUUUGGUACAUGGGAUUAUGUAGAUAACAUGUUGCUCGUGUCUGAUUUGGUACAUGGGACUAUGUAGAUAACAGAUUGCUCAUGUCUGAUUUGGUACAUGGGAGUAUGUAGAUAACAGAUUGCUCGUGUCUGAUUUGGUACAUGGGACUAUGUAGAUAACAUGUUGCUCAUGUCUGAUUUGGUACAUGGGACUAUGUAGAUAACAUGUUGCUCGUAUCCGAUUUGGUACAUGGGACUAUGUAGAUAGCAGAUUGCUCGUGUCUGAUUUGGUACAUGGGACUAUGUAGAUAACAGAUUGCUCAUGUCUGAUUUGGUACAUGGGACUAUGUAGAUAACAUGUUGCUCAUGUCUGAUUUGGUACAUGGAACUAUGUAGAUAACAUGUUGCUCAUGUCUGAUUUGGUACAUGGGACUAUGUAGAUAACAUGUUGCUCAUGUCUGAUUUGGUACGUGGGACUAUGUAGAUAACAUGUAGCUCUUGUCUGAUUUGGUACAUGGGACUAUGUAGAUAACAGAUUGCUCGUGUCUGAUUUGGUACAUGGGACUAUGUAGAUAACAUGUUGCUCGUGUCUGAUUUGGUACAUGGGACUAUGUAGAUAACAGAUUGCUCAUGUCUGAUUUGGUACAUGGGACUAUGUAGAUAACAUGUUGCUCGUGUCUGAUUUGGUACAUGGGACUAUGUAGAUAACAUGUUGCUCGUGUCUGAUUUGGUACAUGGGACUAUGUAGAUAACAUGUUGCUCGUGUCUGAUUUGGUACAUGGGACUAUGUAGAUAACAGAUUGCUCAUGUCUGAUUUGGUACAUGGGACUAUGUAGAUAACAUGUUGCUCGUGUCUGAUUUGGUACAUGGGACUAUGUAGAUAACAUGUUGCUCGUGUCUGAUUUGGUACAUGGGACUAUGUAGAUAACAUGUUGCUCGUGUCUGAUUUGGUACAUGGGACUAUGUAGAUAACAUGUUGCUCACGUCUGAUUUGGUACAUGGGACUAUGUAGAUAACAUGUUGCUCGUGUCUGAUUUGGUACAUGGACUAUGUAGAUAACAUGUUGCUCGUGUCUGAUUUGGUACAUGGGACUAUGUAGAUAACAUGUUGCUCGUGUCUGAUUUGGUACAUGGGACUAUGUAGAUAACAUGCUGCUCGUGUCUGAUUUGGUACAUGGGACUAUGUAGAUAACAUGUUGCUCACGUCUGAUUUGGUACAUGGGACUAUGUAGAUAACAGAUUGCUCGUGUCUGAUUUGGUACAUGGGACUAUGUAGAUAACAUGUUGCUCGUGUCUGAUUUGGUACAUGGGACUAUGUAGAUAACAUGUUGCUCGUGUCUGAUUUGGUACAAGCAUGUUUGUUUUCCUCUGUGUUCAUGUGAGUGUUUACUCAACAAAUGUUUACUGGACACACUCAGAGAGAGGGAGUGUGCAUACGUGUGUGUGUGUGUUGCUAUCCAGCACGUGGACUGGGCUCCCAGAAGAGCUGGCAUUGUGUCUGAGCAGAGCUGGGUCCCCCCAAAACUUGGGCUGGCCCAGGCCCCACCAGCAGCUGACAUUGCCUCCUCUCCUGUCCUGGCAGUAGCUUCUGGGCUCUGAAGGUGCCAGAGAGAGUGAGGCUGGGCAGGGGUCUGCAGCCCUUUCUCAGGGACACACCCUGAUAGCACAAUCUCCCUGGGGCCCUGCCCACCUCCAGGCCUCUCCCAUCCCAGACCCUGUCCAGACCCUGGGGAGAGAGGGGAUCUGCAAUAGGAGGGGGCCUGAGCCUGCCCUGGCUGCUGGCUCAUACUGCCUGGGCAUCCCUGGUGCUGGGGACUGUGCCAGGCCAUGCUUGCUGUGACUCUGCCCCCACCCCUCUCCCCCCGCAUGUGGGUGCCCCCACUCCCCCAUCGUGGGGUCUGUGUAGCCUUCGCUCUAGACAUAGUCUUCCUGCAAUAAAAAAGUGGAUCCUGUAUUCCCCACCA